GAUAGCACACACUCAGCGCUUGACUUCAGUUGAGAAGUAUCUAACAGACGGCACAUCACCAACCAUGGGCUUCUCUCCCAGGAUGGGACUUUAUUUGAUACUUUCACUCGUUCUUGUGUGCGAUGCAUCAAGAGACAUGGAGCAAAGACCUGUUACACACUUUCUGGAUGAAGAGAUGUUUCAGGCAUUUUCACCAGAAGAGAGGCAACUUCCGAUCCAGAGACCGAUAAUCCAUGACAUUUCCAAGAUCAUGCAAGUGAUAGCCUCUUCAGAGCCAGAUACGAACCCGAGAGAAGACACAAAUAUCCACCUUGAGGAUGUCACAAGAGGACACAGAGUUUUUAGUCCUCGCUCUAUAAGACUGAGACUGCAGAUUAUUUUCCCACCAGCCUUUCCAACUAUCGGCAACCACAAAGAUAUCUGUAAAUUUAGUAAAGCUCCAGUCCGAUACCCUAAAGACCUAUUUCCUUCGAGUGGCUUUGGUAGUGAACGUCGGAGAGCUGCUGCUGUCAAUCAACUUCAACCGUGGUAUGGUGUGUGCUGUGGCCUUAAUCAAACACCGGAAAAGCAAAUCUGUUGUGCUAAACAAGCGUGGAAGAAGACCCUUUCUGACUUCUGCAAUGAGGAAUUCUCUGUUAAAACCAGUCACUAUUUCUGCUGCCACAAGAGAGGGCAGGCCAGAUGGACCUGUUUUGAUAAAGAGGCUUCAGAUUCUUCAUACAACAUGUCUUCUGAGAUCACAAAUGCCAACACUCCACACAAGGUCAAAGGCUUCAAAUAUAACCCCAAUACUUGCAAAGGUCUUUCAUCAUCCAACUCAUUAGUGGCUUCCCCAAGAGCACUUAAGAAGACGACUGGAGUUCCAGACAUCAACUUUCCACUUGGCCGUCCUGAUUCCUCAAACAUUGCACUGAUCUGUGCUCAUCGUAAGAUCCGGCCCCGCUACACCCCCAAUUGUCUUCCUCGCACUGGCUAUGGCUUGCUGGCCCAUCAAUCAAAGGCCAUCAAUGUCCUGGAGAAAGAAUUUACCCAGUGCUGUAAAGAGAAAAAUGGUGUACAACGCUGUGCUGAAAGAAAGUGGAAGAGGAUGGUGGAUAUGUUUUGUAAAGUGGAGAAGAAAACCAAAAGAAAGCAGUUCGAGUGUUGCGAAAAGAAGAAAGGAGAAGAGCAGUAUGCCUGUUUUGCAUCUGCUGCUCCAGAUCCAGGGUACAGCUUUAUCGAUGGAGUAUUCACCCCUCUUGCGGCCCCUCCCACCAUCAAUGCAUUCUGUGAUGUGUCCACAACCAUCCAGAACAUGACUAGUUUCCCUUUCUCAGUGGAUCAAAUGGUUGAACGGUGCUGCUCUCUAGUGUUGCAGGAGAGACCUGCAUGCAUAGAUGCAGAGCUUGACAGCCACGUGAAUGAUGUGUGUAAAGUGAGUGAGCUGGUGAAGCCUCAUUGUUGUGAACCCAAUGUCAAAAACCGUACAAAAUGUGCCACAAAACUGCUCCUGCGCUCCAUGGCCAAGGCAAACAAAAUCAAAGACUACGGGAGGAAGAAAUGCCCCCUCUACUCCUAGCUUCUUUUAUCUAGAGUUAAUUUGAGUUGUGAUUCAAGCAGAAUCCUGAUAUUACAAAUGUGGAGAAGUUUAUACAGAGCACACACAUUUUAAUAUACUAACCACGGUUCAAGGAAUGAGAAUGAUAAAUUGUUUUGCAAAACAACUGAAAAUGGGAACAAACUGAUUUUCAAUUGUUUUGGAGUGAAAAUGUAAUUUUUUUAAUGCUGGUUUGUUCCAAUCAUUUUUUUUAUGAAACCAAAGCCAAAGGGUUUAUAGACAUUUUUUGGAAUUACACCAAUUAAUUUUGUCAGAAAAGAUGAAAUGUGCUGAAGGAAAAUGCUGCAUCACACAUUUCUUUGCCUAAUUUUCCAUUGUAGGUCCUAAAUCUUUGGAUUUCUCUCUUCUUUUUUUUCUUCAACUAUGUGUUUAGUAUUACAUUCUUUUACUAACAUGUGUUCAUUUGUGGUAAAUGCAUAAUUUUGAAACUGAUAGUGGAGCGUUUUUUUGUGUGUGUGUGUGUGUGUGUUCCUUGACUUAUUGCCCACUCUGUUAUUGGAAGACACAGUAUAGGGAAAAAUUAUAUAAUUUUAAAAUUCCAAUAUAUUUAUGUUAACAGAAAUAAAAUUACAAAUGCAGUAUGUUUGCUAGAUAUCAUUCACUGGCCAUAGUGGCUAAUUUUAUCUACUGCAUGUCCACGCUGUUAUUGUCCAUCCUGACUCUGCUCAUUUAACAGUAUGGACAAAGUAAUUUAUCUUGACCUGUGUAACUUAUAAAAUCUGUCCCUAACAUAAAGACAUAAAUCCGAAAAGGCACCAAAUUGUACAAAUGACCCUUAUGCCAGUUCCACUUAAUGUUUAUUUCUUUUAAUAUUUGUUCUAAAGUGUUUUUAUUUUAUUUGUUUAUUUUUGAGAGAAAGAUAGAGCGAGGUUUUUGUUUAUUCUUUUUUAUUUUCCAUAAAAAACUGCUUAGACUGUUCAAAUGUUGUUGUUCCAUUCAUGAAUUAUAACAAAUAAAAUAUGUAAUAAAGGCCUGUUUGAG